GUGAGAAUGAAAGAAAAUGAAAGACCAUAAACUACACUGGUGAAUUUCACUUGUCCACUUGUGCCCAAAAAAAUAAAAACCUGCCCCUCUUUUUUUCAAUUUGUGACACCUCACUUUCAUUUCAAAAUUCAUUUUUGUUCUACUAACUGUAUUAUUAGUAGUUAUUUCUCCCUCCAUUAUUUCUUGUGAUUUCUGAGGGCUCAUAAUACGAGGUUUUUAUUUAUUUUUUUAAGUGAAAUAAGUCAUUCCCCUUGUACUACUACAACUAGAAAAAAAUGUGUUUACAUUCAAUUCUUGAUCAACUUUUCUUAAUUGUUCUCACUUUUUGGUUUUAACAUACCAAAAUUCCUCUACCUUCUUGCACUCUCACUAGAAACUCUUUUAACAUAUCUAAAGAAUUCAAUGGGAUGCUCUCAGCUUUUACUAUUUUGGCAUAGGAAUUUACAAACUAUCAUCUUUUUGUUACUUUUAUUCAUUUCAGGGUUGACACAUGUUAGAUUAACGGCUGAAGGUAGGAGAAUACUCAAGCUGCAAACUGGAAUUACUCAGAGGAAAAAUGAAGAGAAGGUGUUAAAGAUGAGAUCUUUAAUAGGAUCAAGGCCACCAAGAUGUGAAGGAAGAUGCAGAAAUUGUGGACCAUGUGAAGCAGUUCAAGUACCAAUUGUGCCAGCUCUCAAACAUCAACAAACAAGAAUCAGUCAGUUGAAUGCAAUUCCAAAAUUCUUCUUAGCAUAUUCAAGAGCUGCUAGUAGGUGUGAUGUGAAUGUGACGACAGUGAGUGAUAGAGGGGUUUGGUUAAUAAUUUUGAAGGAAAAGGGAGAAAGCAAAGGGGAGUGGGGCGGCUGGUAUGUCAGUGGGCAGUGUGCACUGUGCAAUAGCAGCUAUAGAAAAGAAGGGGGACCUGCUCAUAUUUUUCGUAUCUUACAAGAUUUUGUGUGUAUGCACUAAAGCGGGGCGGUAUCAGAUAAAAUCGAAAGCUUAUUCAAUUUUUUUUUUUUUGUGAAAAAUUAUACUGUCUAUACAUAAUUAAGAUGUAUGUAUAUUUGAUAUUGAACCUCAUUCAAAUUUUUCAUCAUAUUUUGAACAUCGCCGAUUAGAGAAAAUUCUGAUUCCGCUUGUAUGACCCUAAAGGGAAUGAGGGCCUUCUUCCCCUACAGCCUCCUUAUACCUCGAAUGUA